CAAAAGCAGGGACACGAAAGAGUUAAGCUGCAAGUGUGUCACACACUCACUGUCACUGCUACAGCCAAAGCUUUUUCCACUGCCUGGCCUCCGGUAGCCAAAAUCCGUACCCGUGACAAAACCUGAUCUUUAAAAAAAGAAAAAAAAAACACUACCUUUAAACCCCGAAGGCCAUUUUUUCCAUUCGAAGUAAAAAUGGUGCCAAACCCAGUAUCUCUCAGUCGUAAGACUCCAUUGUUAUACUGUUUUGUGGGUUUUUCAUGCAAACUCACUUCUCAUUCUAGCCAAAGAACUCAGCUUUCCUUGAACCCUGUUCAGAUAACUGGAUUCAGGGCCUGUUCUUCUUCUACUCUGUUUUCAAAUUCUUUAAAUUAUAGUCAUGGAGCUGUGUUUAAGGACUUGGAUGGUACCAGAAAGGGAUAUAGGCAAUUGGGUGUUGAUCAAUCUCGUCUCUUGGCUGUUUCUGAUGGUGGCUCUGGUGGUUCUGGUGGGGUUGGGGGCUCUUCUGGUGGUGGAGGUGAAGGUAGUGGUGCUAGUAGUGGUUCUGGUGGAAAGAGUAACUGGUCCUUCCUUUCAUGGUAUUUGAAUCUUCUUGCAAACUACCCUGUGUUGACUAAAGCUGUAACUUCUGCAAUAUUGACUCUUAUGGGAGACUUGAUCUGCCAGCUUGUGAUUGAUCAAGUUCCAUCCCUAGACAUUAAAAGAACUUUCUUGUUUACACUCUUGGGGCUGGUACUGGUGGGUCCCACAUUGCAUAUCUGGUACUUAUAUUUGAGCAAAUUGGUAACAGUACCUGGAGCAUCAGGUGCAUUCUUGCGCCUUUUAGCUGAUCAGUUUGUUUUUUCUCCUAUAUUCAUUGGAGUUUUCUUGUCAACAUUGGUGACGCUGGAGGGAAGGCCAUCUCAAGUCGUACCUAAGCUUCAGCAGGAAUGGUUUUCUGCUGUUCUUGCAAAUUGGCAACUGUGGAUACCAUUUCAAUUUCUGAACUUCUGUUUUGUCCCACAGCAAUUUCAGGUUCUUGCUGCUAAUGUUAUUGCUUUAGUCUGGAAUGUGAUUCUCUCAUUCAAAGCUCACAAAGAGGUUCUCCCAAAAUAGAGGCUCUAACGUGGGAUCUCUAAGAGAGGGAGGACAAUGCCGGUUGAGCUACAAGCUCAUUGGAAGCAAGCAACUUUACAAGUCUAGAAUAGUGAUGAGAUAUGUCAAGCUAGCUAAAAACUAUAACUAUGGAUUGAGGAAGACUUUAUAUCCACUCAUUGUUAUGUAUUCUAACGAGAGUACCUUCAUUAAACCCCCAAGCUUGUUGUUUCUCAGGUGAAAUGCACAGAAAAGAGUUGAAUUUGAAGAAAACAUCUGGGGUGCUACACAUGUUGAAACAAUUUUUACUUGGAUCUGCAUAACUCAAGAUCCAUGUCACAUUGAACUGUUCAAGUGUAUGGAACCUGGUUCACGAACCCUUUUGCCCUUACCUCUUGUGUAUUUGUGAUUCUCAAAAGUGUGGGUUAGAACCCUUCUCUUAGAUUGAAUGCUCGUUAGGUGCCAGCUCAAUUUUCCUAUGGAUAUCAAGUACAAGAUUGAAAAAAACAGAAGGUUUCCUUGCUGCCAAUUUAAGCCAAGUCCCAAAUCAUUCAUGCCUUGUUCUUUCUUUUGUUCUUAUAUUUGUAUGAAAUGACCAUUGUCCAUUGGAGGAUUAACCCUCCACAAAUUACAUGAGAAUUGAAACUUCAGGUUU